UAUGCAACAAUUCAAUUGAAAAACACAUUAUUUUUAUUUACAUUUAGAGUUAAUUUUUAAUGAAUUUCCAUUCAAUUCAAUGCCUUUACUAUCAAUUGAUUUGAUUAUCGAUUGAUUAGUGCUUUCAUUCAAACCAUUUGUUUAACAAUAAGAUUACCGAUAAGUUUGGCCACAAAUUUACGGAUUGAUUGAUUGUUUGGCCGCAAAAAUAAUGGCCACUCAAGUGAAGUGUUUGGUCAAAUUAAAUGGUGAAAAGUUUCGUGUUUUCAUCGAUGAUGUGAUAAGCGGUGGCUAUAAAUUGGCGCCGAAGACACGGUUCCGGUUUGUCUACAAAAAGAUACAGCAAUUGAAUGCAAAACUGGACAUCAAUUUUGUUAAUUACAAGUUUGAACUCUGGGACAACGAUUUUAGCGAUUAUGUGGUGAUAACCGAUGAAAAUCAAAUGAUCGACGAUUUGUCGCGUUUUAGAGUCAGUCAGAGGAAGAUCAGUGAUACCGAUGUCUCAGAUAAACAAACCAAACAAAAUAAAACAAAUGACAGCCGAGUGGACAGUACGACAUAUAUGCAGUCAACCAGUGGUCACCAAAUUAGUACAAAUCAUAAGGUUUGCAAAAAGUCGUUAUUCUCAGAAAAAUCAACGGACGACCAGAAAAUGAAUCCAAAAUCCAAGACUUAUAGAAAAUCACCGGAAAAGUCAUUAUCAUUGUCACAAACUCGAGCCAGAGAUGUGUCGCCAAUAAAACAAAAGUCUAUCCCAUCACUUGACAUGCCAUCGACAUCAUCAUCAUUGACCAGAACGUCAUCACUGGUGACACCAAUCUCUUUGAAUAUUGAAAACAAUACUACUUUAGAUUCUCUGAAUCGUCGCAUAAUUGAUAUGCUUUCUAUACCUCUGUUGUCCAGUGAAGACGUGCGAGAGUUUAAAGACUUGAAGUAUGUCUUGGAUUUGAAUCGCGAGUUGUUUGAAGUGAAUUUUGAAAGUAACGGCAAUUGGACUAAAAUUUCUAAUAAAAUGAAACAAAAGGGUUAUAAUGGACCCAAAUAUUCGGGAAAAAAUCUUAAAGAACUCUUCUAUAAAUAUGAAGCUCUUUAUGAACAGUUAUUAGAGUACUGUAGUGACGAGCGGACGGCCACCAAAUACUUUGCAUUGUUUCCGAUUUUUGAAAGAAUGCAAUUGCGGUCAUACCUUACAUCGCAAUCAUUCCAGAGAUUGCGACUCUUAAGGGAAAAGUUUGAUUUGAAAGUUAAAUCAAAUACUGGGUCAUCGAUUCCAAGUUCAUCGUCAGUACCGUCCACACCAAUCACACCCAAAGUGUCGUCACAACAAACUGUGGUUAGACCACAAUCUGAGACAAAGCUUAGCAACAAAAUCAAAACAGAGACGACUGACACACUUAAAAAUAGGACAAUUGUGUCGACUCCCGCACUAAAUACUGGCUUUUCUAGGGAUACUCAAAGUGCUAAAAAGACGUUUCCGCGUCAACCAGUGUUCAUACCAUUACAAUCGGCGCCGCCGUCCAACAUAUCGACACCACGAGUCUCACAGUUUAAGAAACCAUUGCCAACGCCAACACAUGAAGACAAAAAUCCAGUCGUUAAAAAAGUAAAGACUGAAGACCCAGAUCCAGAUGUCAUUGUUUUGGAUUAACUUUCAGUUAAUGUUUGAUUGAAAAAUGUAUGAAAUUAAAUAUUUUUUUAAUUUAUUACAUAU